CUUGCUCUGGACUGUCUGAACCUCUAGAAGACCUCACAGCAAUGCUGGACUGCAGUGACUAUGUUCUAGACUCAAGAAUGAACAAUCCGUCAGAAACCAGUAAACCAUCUAUGGAGAGUGGAGAUGGCAACACAGGCACACAAACCAAUGGUCUGGACUUUCAGAAGCAGCCUGUGCCCGUUGGAGGAGCCAUCUCAACAGCCCAGGCCCAGGCUUUCCUUGGACAUCUCCAUCAGGUCCAGCUCGCCGGAACAAGUUUACAGGCCGCUGCUCAGUCUUUAAAUGUACAGUCUAAAUCUAACGAAGAGUCGGGGGACCCACAGCAGCCGAGCCAGCCUUCCCAGCAGCCGUCAGUGCAGGCGGCCAUCCCCCAGACCCAGCUGAUGCUGGCUGGAGGACAGAUAACCGGGCUUACGUUGACGCCGGCGCAGCAACAGUUACUGCUCCAGCAGGCCCAGGCCCAGGCCCAGCUGCUGGCCGCUGCCGUGCAGCAGCACUCGGCCAGCCAACAGCACAGCGCUGCUGGGGCCACCAUCUCCGCCUCUGCCGCCACGCCCAUGACGCAGAUCCCCCUGUCGCAGCCCAUCCAGAUCGCCCAGGACCUGCAGCAGCUGCAGCAGCUGCAGCAGCAGAACCUCAACCUGCAGCAGUUCGUGCUGGUGCACCCGACCGCCAGCCUGCAGCCCGCGCAGUUCAUCAUCUCCCAGACGCCCCAGGGCCAGCAGGGUCUCCUGCAAGCGCAAAAUCUUUUAACGCAACUACCUCAGCAAAGCCAAGCCAACCUCCUACAGUCGCAGCCAAGCAUCACCCUCACCUCCCAGCCAGCAACCCCGACGCGCACGAUAGCGGCCACCCCGAUCCAGACACUCCCGCAGAGCCAGUCGACACCAAAGCGAAUCGAUACUCCCAGCCUGGAGGAGCCCAGUGACCUUGAGGAGCUUGAGCAGUUUGCCAAGACCUUCAAACAAAGACGAAUCAAACUUGGAUUCACUCAGGGCGAUGUUGGGCUUGCUAUGGGUAAACUGUAUGGAAAUGACUUCAGCCAAACGACCAUUUCUCGCUUUGAAGCCUUGAACCUCAGCUUUAAGAACAUGUGCAAGCUAAAGCCACUCUUGGAGAAGUGGCUAAAUGAUGCAGAGAACCUCUCAUCUGAUUCAGGUCUCUCCAGCCCAAGUGCCCUGAAUUCUCCAGGGCUGGGAAUGGAAGGCUUGAACCGCAGGAGGAAGAAACGCACCAGCAUAGAGACCAACAUCCGUGUGGCCUUAGAGAAGAGUUUCUUGGAGAAUCAAAAGCCUACCUCGGAAGAGAUCACCAUGAUUGCUGAUCAGCUCAGUAUGGAAAAGGAAGUGAUCCGUGUUUGGUUUUGUAACCGCCGUCAGAAAGAAAAAAGAAUCAACCCACCAAGCAGUGGCGGAACCAGCAGUUCACCUAUCAAAGCAAUCUUCCCCAGUCCGACCUCACUGGUGGCAACCACACCAAGCCUUGUGACGAGCAGCGCGGCGACGACGCUCACCGUCAAUCCAGUCCUCCCGCUGACCAGCGCUGCGGUGACCAGCCUCUCUGUUACUGGUAACGUGACAGGCAGCACGGACAGCGCGCCCAGCAGCACCGCCACCGUCAUCUCCACGGCGCCGCCCGCCGCCGCCGCCGUCACCUCCCCCCCGCUGAGUCCCUCCCCGUCGGCCUCGGCCUCCACCUCCGAGGCGUCCAGCGCCAGCGAGUCCAGCACGACGCAGACCACCUCCACGUUGUCCUCGCCCCUCGGGAGCAGCCAGGUGAUGGUGACCGCGUCCGGGCUGCAGACGGCGGCGGCCGCCGCCCUCCAGGGGGCCGCCCCGCUGCCGGCCAACGCCAGCCUCGCCGCCAUGGCCGCGGCCGCCGGCCUGAGCCCGGGCCUCAUGGCGCCCUCGCAGUUCGCAGCUGGAGGUGCCUUACUCAGCCUCAACCCAGGGACCCUGGGCGGCGCCCUCAGCCCAGCCCUCAUGAGCAACAGCACACUGGCGACCAUUCAAGCUCUUGCCUCUGGUGGCUCCCUUCCAAUAACAUCACUGGAUGCCACUGGGAACCUGGUCUUCGCCAAUGCAGGCGGAGCCCCCAACAUCGUGACUGCCCCCCUGUUCCUGAACCCUCAGAACCUCUCUCUGCUCACCAGCAACCCCGUGAGCUUGGUCUCUGCCGCCGCAGCCUCUGCAGGGAACUCUGGACCUGUAGCCAGCCUUCACGCCACCUCCACCUCCGCCGAGUCCAUCCAGAACUCUCUCUUCACAGUGGCCUCCGCCAGCGGGGCCGCCGCCACCACCACCACCGCCUCCAAGGCACAGUGAGCCGGCUGGGCAGCACAGGGCUGACACCAGCCUUGUCCACUCGCGGCACGAUGGGCUGCCGGGCCAGGCUGAGACUGAAAAAUGUGAUUGGCUUCCUCUUGCCAUGUUUCAGCAGCAAGGGAAAGAAGGGAGAGGAGGAGAAAAGCGCAUACCGGAAAAAAAGGAUGGAGAAAGGACAACAUUUGCCUAAUUUUGUAAUAAAACACUGUCUUUUCAGGAUUGCUUCAUGGAUUGGAGAACUUUCUAACCAAAAAGUAAAAACAAACAAAAAAAAAACAAAACAAAACAAA